AUGGAAACCUGCAAGCCCGAGUGGGACUGGUUCCAGCGCGAGGAGCUCAUCGGGCAGAUCAGCGACAUCCGUGUGCAGAACCUGCAAGUGGAGAGGGAAAACGUUCAGAAGAGGACUUUCACACGAUGGAUAAACCUACACCUCGAAAAGUGCGACCCGCCUCUAGAAGUUACGGACCUGUUUGUUGAUAUCCAAGAUGGCAAAAUCCUAAUGGCUUUGUUAGAAGUCCUCUCUGGGCGAAAUCUGCUGCAUGAAUACAAAUCCUCAUCACAUCGUAUUUUUCGCUUGAACAACAUAGCAAAAGCACUCAAGUUUCUGGAAGAUAGCAAUGUCAAGCUGGUUAGCAUCGAUGCAGCAGAAAUAGCAGACGGCAACCCUUCGCUGGUUCUCGGGCUGAUAUGGAACAUCAUUCUCUUCUUCCAGAUAAAGGAGCUCACAGGGCACCUCAGCAGGAGUUCUCCAUCUUCCAGCUUGUCACCUGGCUCCGGGGGCACGGACUCCGACUCUUCCUACCCACCCACCCCCACCACAGAGAGGAGUGUGGCAGUGGCAGUGAAAGACCAGAGGAAGGCCAUCAAGACCCUGCUGUCAUGGGUGCAGAGGAAAACCAGGAAGUAUGGUGUGGCAGUCCAAGACUUUGCAGGCAGCUGGAGGAGUGGGUUGGCUUUCCUGGCUGUCAUCAAAGCUAUCGACCCCAGCCUCGUAGACAUGAAGCAGGCUCUAGAAGAUUCCACCCGGGAAAAUCUGGAGAAGGCCUUCAGCAUUGCACAUGAUGUCCUGCAUAUCCCCAGGCUCCUGGAGCCGGAAGACAUCAUGGUGGACAUGCCGGACGAACAGUCCAUUGUGACUUACGUGGCCCAGUUUCUAGAGCGCUUUCCAGAGUUGGAGCCUGAAGAUUUUGUGAAUCCAGACAAAGAAGCACCCAUCGAGUCUACCUUUGUCCGAAUCAAAGAAAGCCCCUCUGAGCAGGAGAGCCGAGUCCUCCUCCUCAGUGAGAAUGGAGAGCGGGCUUACACUAUCAACCAUGAAACCAGCCACCCGCCGCCUGACAAGGUCUUUGUCUGUGACCAGCUUGAGAGCCCGAAGGGCUUCUGUCUGGGUAGCGUGCCCAGCUACAAACUGUCAGACAGUUCCACAGACUUUAUGCACCAGAUUAUUGACCAAGUCCUCCAGGGAAGCACUGGGAAGACUGUAACCAACACAGAGCCCGCCCCAGAGUCGUCCAUUUUGUCAACCAGAAAGGAUGGCAGGAGGUCCAACUCUUUGCCCGUCAAGAAAACCGUCCACUUUGAGGCCGACUUGCACAAGGAUGCUUCGUGUAGCAAGGACCCUUUCUACAGCUCUGACUUCCGCUCCGAGGGGAGGCCCAAGGUGGCCAAGGUCCUGCCAAAGAAGGAUGGCCAUAUCUCAUUGGCUGAGGUUUCCAAGGAAAAGAAGCCAGAGCAGGAAGCCAGGCUAGUGCUGGAAGCUGCCUCAGACAAGGCCCCUGAAGACACUGUGGAUGACAUGGAUGCUGUGCUCCAAGAUGCUCAGCCUUCCCAGGAUUCCUCAUUCUGUAACGGCACUGUAGAGAGUCCAUCCAGUCAAGGUGAGAAAGGCCCUUCUCCACUAUCUCCUGGAGAUCGUACUAUCCUGGCCAACUCCACUGAGCUCAAGGUCCAGCUGCUGACCGUGGAGCCUAUGGACAAAAACGACUCCUUUGAAUGUAUCCCACUGAAGGCUUCCAAGUUUAACAGGGACCUAGUAGAUUUCGCCUCCACCAGCCAGGCUUUUGGUGAGGAUCCUUCGUCCCACGAGAAGACACCCGGGGAGGAAGAGGGUUCUGAGAAUCACACUGAGAAACCAGAGAAAAGGAAAUCGAAGUCUCCCCAUGCAGAAACAGAGUCUGCCGAAUCCAAAUUGGAGCCUCAGAAGCUGGAGCCUCCUCCCAAGGAUCCAGAACAAGAAAACCAAGGUCACGCUUUGCCCCCGGAAACACCUACAGACAAAAAGCCCGAAGUGUAUGAAAAGGCCAAGAGAAAGUCCACUCGUCAUCACAGUGAGGAAGAAGGAGAGGCAGAAGGCAGCCUCUCCGCGGUCGGCGGAGAAAUACCGUCCAACCCUCCAAGUACCAGCGUCAGCCUGGAAACCCUCAGGAGUCACAGCGAAGAAGGUUUGGAUUUCAAACCUUCGCCGCCUCUCUCGAAGAUCUCUGUCAUCCCCCACGACCUGUUCUACUACCCGCACUACGAGGUGCCCCUGGCAGCAGUGCUGGAGGCUUACUCGGAAGGUGGGGAGGAUUUGAAAAGCGAAGAUGCAGAUCUAGAGCAUCCAGAGGAGAGCUAUCUGCAGGACUCCAGGGGGGAGGAGGAUGACGAGGAUGAGGAGGAGGCACACAGCUCCCAAAGUAGCUGCAGCUUCUCCUUGCCUGUUGACAACAGCUAUCCCAGAGUCAGUGACCAUGUCUCCCAUGCCGACGGGAGUUCUGAGGGACCCACACCAGCCUCGGUACCUGGUUCUCCACCCUCCCACGAGGACCACCAGCCAAAGGAAGCCAAAGAGAAUGGCCCUGUGGAAAGCCAGCAGUCCCAAGAACCCUCAAACCCGGAACUGCCCACAAAUCCAUUAGAAGAAAAGUUAACGGAAGCCUCAACUAGCAGUAAAAAGAAGGAAAAAAGGAAACACGUGGACCACGUAGAAAGCUCAUUAUUUAUAGCCCCUGGGACGGUCCGCUCCUCAGACGACCUUGAAGAAAACCCCUGUGAACACAAGGUCCCUUCCAGGAAUAGUCACAGCGACUCCAGCAUUUACAUUCGGCGACACACUAAUAGGUCUUUGGAAUUGGACCAUUUUAGCUAUGUUCAAUUGAGGAACGCAGCCGAUCUGGAUGACAGGAGAAACAGAGUGUUAAACAGGUACAAUUCUCAGAAGCUCACUGAGCUGAUUUUACAGUUUUACGGCAUCAGAGCAGACAUGAAGAGGGAAUACAAACAUGCCAGGCUGUCUAUGACCGGCACCAACUCCUCUGGAGAAGCCAUGCCCCUGGGGAGCCAGAGCCCACCCAACGACUCUCUGACGCAGUUUGUACAGCAGCCCGACGUGAUAUAUUUCAUUCUCUUCCUCUGGCUCCUGGUUUACUGCCUACUGCUCUUCCCCCAGCUUGAUGUCAGCCGGCUCUGAAACACGUGUCUGGAGAAUAAAAAGACAGGACCCUGGCCAGGGCGGAGUCUU